AUGUUUAGGAAACCUGCUGUACCUACAAUCACUAAUGGAAGCUAUGUGCAGGGGCAAUCUAAUGGCAGGUUGCCUUCUAUGGACAGCAAAGAGCCAGUCCGGGAAGAAAAAGUAGUGCUGAAGAAAAAAGUAACUUUGUUGAGAGGCAUAUCCAUUAUAAUUGGUACUAUCAUUGGAGCAGGAAUCUUCAUCUCUCCUAAAGGAAUUCUGGAGAACACCGGCAGCGUGGGAAUGUCCUUGGUUGUCUGGACAGUGUGUGGUAUCCUCUCAUUGUUUGGUGCACUCUGUUAUGCGGAACUAGGAACAUGCAUCAAGAAAUCUGGAGGCCAUUACACAUACAUCCUGGAAGCCUUUGGACCAUUACCUGCUUUUGUUAGAGUCUGGGUGGAACUGCUUAUAAUACGGCCUGCUGCUACAGCAGUAAUAUCCCUAGCAUUUGGACGCCAUAUUUUAGAGCCAUUGUUUAUGCAAUGUGAAAUCCCAGACCUUGCAAUUAAGUUUAUUACAGCAGUUGGCAUCACCGUGGUAAUGGUCCUGAAUAGCAUGAGUGUCAGCUGGAGUGCCCGCCUUCAGAUUUUCCUUACCUUUUGCAAGCUUGUAGCAAUUUUGAUAAUUAUAGUCCCUGGAGUUAUGCAGCUAAUUAAAGGGGAAAUUCAGCACUUUAAAAAAGCAUUUGAAGGGACAAAUACCAGUGUUAUGGGACUACCUCUUGCUUUCUAUUCAGGAAUGUACGCCUAUUCAGGCUGGUUUUACCUCAAUUUUGUUACUGAAGAAGUGGAAAAUCCAGAGAAAAAUAUACCCCUCGCAAUAGGCAUUUCAAUGGUUACUGUCACAGUUGGCUAUGUAUUAACAAAUAUCGCUUAUUUUACAACAAUCAGUCCUGAGGAACUGCUGAGUUCAAAUGCAGUGGCAGUGACUUUUGCUGAACAAUUAAUGGGAAGAUUUUCUUUAGCUGUCCCAAUUUUUGUCGCUCUUUCCUGCUUUGGAUCUAUGAAUGGUGGCAUAUUUGCUGUCUCCAGGAUGUUCUACGUUGCAUCCCGUGAGGGUCACCUUCCAGAAAUUCUCUCCAUGAUUCAUGUCCGCAAGCACACUCCUCUGCCAGCUGUCAUUGUUUUGCAUCCUCUCACAAUGAUAAUGCUCUUCACUAGUGAACUUGAGGAUCUCCUGAAUUUCCUCAGUUUUGCCAGGUGGCUUUUUAUUGGACUGGCAGUUGCUGGGCUGAUUUAUCUCAGAUAUAAACGUCCUGAUAUGCCUCGUCCUUUCAAGGUGCCGCUAUUUAUUCCAGCACUGUUUUCCUUCACCUGUCUCUUCAUGGCUGCACUAUCACUUGGCUCUGAUCCUCUCAAUACAGGGAUUGGUUUUGUGAUAACCCUGACUGGAGUUCCAGCUUACUACCUCUUUAUCGUAUGGGAUAAGAAGCCAAAAUGGUUCAGAAAGAUUGUAGACAGGAUAACUUUGACAUUGCAGAUCAUCCUGGAAGUUGUCCCAGCAGAAGAUGGCCAGAAAUCAUGAUCUUUUAUCUCUUGAAGAAACAUGUGUUUGUCUAUUGCCCCAUUUCAACUUCAGGUGGGAGUGUGGGGCAUGUCUCCACGCUUCCUAAAGUUCAGUGAAUGACAGGAUGAAACCACAGUUAAAGUAGCCUGAAAAUGAAAGUUUCUAGGCCUGGACUUUUCAAAUAUUCCUAGGCCUUUGUGAAGUUAGUUUGUAUGUAAAAAGUAGGUUUGUUUUUUGCUAUAAUAAGAACAGAAAGCACAAGUUUCUUUUGGCUGUUGUACACUUGUAUUCCCUCUUAGAGAUGGGAAAUGAGAAGAAAGGAUGAAAAAAUCUCAUUAAUGCUUCUCCUUUUAAAUAUUCUAUUUAAGUAAACCCUUAGUACUUUAAAUUGGGGUUUUUACUGCAUUGUGAACAGACAUUUUGGAAAAGUUUAUUUAUGUCAGAUAUAUUAGGAUGAAUACAUUGUACACCCUGUUCGUGAUGAACCUAACAUUUAUUAAUGAAAACGGUCAGAUAGAACUAUGUAGCUAAAGGCUUUAGUCAAGAUUAUUCUUUUUCUCACUCCAUUUUGUACCCAUACCUGCCCUCUCUUCAUCUCAUGAGUAGUAGCAGCACAACCAGAGCCAUGGUGGUUUCACCUACGUUUGUGAGGUGGCUUGGUAGGACUCAUUUGGAUUAAGGAGAAGAUAGUUCCGUUUCUAGAGCUUGUAAAAAUACAGAAAUUUAGAAUAGCUUCUGAGGCUUAAUGUUGGUUUUCUGUAAGAGGGGCACUGAAGUUUGUCUGGGAUAGUAAUUCCUUGAAGUUAUAAUUUCCCAGUAGUCCUGAAGUCAUGACUGGUUCUAUCAGAAUUGCUUUUUUUUUUGUACAGGAAAUAUCUCAAGCUUAGGUAAAUGCUUUCAAACUGUUAGAUGUGCAAUUAUCAUUAUCACUCAGGCAAAACUCCCAUUAACGUUUCCUAUGACAGUUGGUUAGCAGAAGCAAUUGAUAGGUACAGUAUGGACUGUAGUUUUAGACCAAAUGUAAUAUUUGUAGGUGAAAGGCAGACUACAGAAGGUUCAAGUUUCUGAUUUAGAUACAAAGAUAAAAUAUGGGAAGUUUAUUAAAAUAUAUUUCAAUGUUUUUUGGAAUAUCCAAGGCCUAAAAUCAGGUGUUUCUACAAAACUUUUUUCCUAGUUUCCAUCUCCAUUGAAACUGGAAUUUGAAGGAAUAAACAAAAAUGUGGGGAAGAGAACAAACAGCACAGCUUGUUUUGAUGUUGAAAAAGUUUUACCUUCAGUUAAUGGUUUGAAUUAAGCUAUGGCUGAGUUGUGACAUACUUUUGUCCUCUCCUAUUAAUAAUACUUUGGUAAUUGACACUGAAAUAUUUCAAGUGCCAAAAGGGUGGUUCUGUAUUUUAAGAUUGUUCCAAUCUUAGGGUAAGUUUUUAUUUGUGUUAUGUUAAAUAUGUAUUGCUUAAAUAUUUAAUACACUACUCGUAAAAUUAUUGCCUAUUCAGAAGAUCACACUACUUUAAAACCUUUGUUACAAAUGAAUAAAAAUUGAAGGAAGUGCUACCACUGUGCAAGCCACUAUAAGGAAUACUGUCAACCUGACACAAAUUCAAUUUAAAAAACAGCAUAGGUCAGAUCCUAGUCUAUGUAUUAGGCACCUGUGUUGGCUUAGGCAUCUAAAAGUUUUUCUGUUCUACCCUGCUUGAAUCUAAAAAGCAGUUAGUGCCAAUAAUAGAUGGAUCCUCCUGAUUGCUGCUUUUUGUGAUUUAGUCUUAAGGCUAAGAUGAUGGCAUGCUACAAAAGUAGGCAUGUUAAGGUAUUUUUUCAGGAACUUGACUAUCAUGAAAUAUGUGUACACUCAUUAAGUUAAGGUCACUUGGGUAGAAUAAAAUUUGGCCCAAUAAUUUUAAAAUUCCUUCACAACCUGCAUGUAUCUUUGAGUUCUCCUGCCUAUGUUUGUGGGUUUACAUACGUUUGCUAUGUUUGUAAUUAUCUUCCUCUCGUGUUUCUAUGCAAAAGACCCAUAGAAAUAUGAAGUAAUGUAACGCUGUAAAAAAGUUAAAAAUUUAUAAGGGUUACAAAGUUUCUUUUAGUAAUCACUUUUCACUGGCAUUAAUUUCACAGAAGCAGUUACUUUGUCCUAAGAGAAAUCCUAUGAUUCAUUAAUUGUGCAAUUGUAUAUUUUAGGAGCAGGAAAAUAAUUUGUAAAAUAACUUAAUGUGAUUUAAAAAAUGUACUGGGGGGCUUAUGAUUUUAAUUAAUGAUUCAAUUUAAUGAAUUUAUACAAUGUUGAUGGAAGAAAUAUUUAAAUGGGAUUUUCACUGACUUAUAAAACAUCCAAACUAAGGACAUUUAUUAGGCUCUGAAGUAUAAAGUCUGAUGCAAAAGAGCGGAGGCAUUGGGUCCUGUAAAAUGCAUAGAAAGCCUUGCAAUGCUGCUGUUGAUCUUUUCUGAAGCACCAUCUUCAGAUUCUUAAGUCACAGUCCCCUAAAACAUUAUAUUAGGGCAAGACAAUGGGACUACGGUUGUGUGUAAGGAUUUCCAGGUUCAGGCCGUCAAACUUUUAAAUUCUUUUUUGACCCUCAUAUCUCUUUUUUGACCAUCUCUAAUUGGGAAGUAUUGCUUAAUCCUCUCUGAAUGUGUUAGUCUUUUCAGGGCUGAUUCUUGUACAGGCAGACCUCCCACUGAAGUAAAGGGAAUAGCAUUUCUAUCUAACUAGAUAUGUCAGAUGAAACUCUAUUUCUCUUAGAUAUACAGCAAAGAACUCAGAGGCCAAGAACAGGGACCCAGGGGGCAUUAAUCCACCUUUUUACUCUUUCUAGUCUAGACCACUUUGUAUUGGCACUGCGCAAAAUUGCACGCUCUCAGUAGCAAGUCUAAAUCAUGGCAGUCUGUGCAGAAAUGCUUUCUAGGAUUUCCAUAAUGCUAUAGGAGCCUGGCCUGCUGCUGGUAUGCCUUUCUCAUCAUAAGCAACUACCCCUUUCUCUCUGAUCUUGGCUGAAGAGGUAGAAUGGGUAUACAAGAUCCUGAAGCUGCUGUCCUGCACUAGAGCCUUUUCCUUUGCCUGGAUCUAGGUCUUUUAUAUCCCCAUAUUCUGCUGCAGUUUGAAGAAGCUAGAAUGGGUGUGAGAGAGAGAAUUUCUCCCUUCAAGAACAGCUCCCUCAGGGCCUGAUUGUCCAAGUACAGCUCUAUCAAAUUAGAGCUGCAGUGCUUCGUUCAAAGAUUUGCACUUGCUUUACACAGGCAUAAAUGAGGUAAAGGAGGUGAUUGAUAGCUGCAACACCCUAAACUGUUAUGCUUUCUGGUAUGGUUUGUUACACACUAACCAGUGGGCACACAGAGUUUGGUGUCAAAUACAGAUAUUUGUAUAUGAUUACUUACUGCCUGCACUGCCUAGGGAUAAUACGCUGUCUAGCUUUCCAGUCAGGGUCAGAGCCCUAUUGUACAAUGCUUUGCACAAACACGUAACUUAAUGACAAUCCCUAUGCCAGACAGGUUAGCGUUUAAGUAUACCAAUGUAUAUCACUAGUGUUUAGGUACUAAGAUGCUAAGGUCCAUAUACAGUAAAUUCCUAAACCAGUGGUCCUCAACCUUUUUAGACUCAAGGCACCCCUCGUUGGACUAGAGGCACCCCUCUAUGCCUUUUGUGAAUUAAUCAGCAUCCAUUUAAAAAAUAGAUUUACACCCUUGAGAAGUUCUCACAGCAUCCUGGUUGCGACUUACUGUCCUACGCAGACAUAGUAGACAUUACUAUCAACUUUGAAAAUUAAUAAAGACUUCUAGUGCAGGAUAGAGAGUACAGAGCUUGGGACCAACCCUUUUGGCAGGUAUUUUCCAAAUUAGCCCUGCAUCCUCCCUGAGUACUACUCUGGUCAUCUUACUCUGCCUAAUCUGUUCUACUUUCGCUUUCUGUGCUGUGCUUCCUGUGUGAUAUCCUGCUCUGCUUCCUGCCUUAUCUGCUGUUGUGCUGUCUGCCCCUUCCCUGAUCUGCCACAUGCGACAGACAGGCUGCCUGUGCCACUUGUGACACCCCUGGUAUAGAGGAUGGAAAAAACUUGGGGCUUGCUGGCAAUCUUGCUAUUUUUAUCAAAAAUUGGAAGUCUGUAUUUUAAAUUCAGUUAUGUUUUUCCCAUAUUCAAAACCAGUUCCAGCAUACAUGUAUUCAACCUCCAAAGUCACACCUAGAUCUUUAUUAGAGAGCAGUAAAUGUUUAUAAAUGUUGUCAAGAACUAUUUUUGCUACAUUUUGAGCAUUUCUAAAGUAAACUUAAAACCUAUUUUCUAUAUUUUUCAAACACCUACUUUCUAUUAUGCAACCCAAAUCCUGACUGGAGUAUAUUUUGCAUAUAGGUGCUGUUUUAAAAGCAUAUCACGUGUACUGUAAAUGUAUAUGUAUAUGUGUGCAUAUAUAUUUUCAUGGUUCAUACAUUCAAAUAAUAUUUUAAUGAAUAGACUUUUAUAUCACAAUAACACUACCAGAAAAGGAAACCAAUUCUAUGGCAUAUUUCUGUGUAUAUUUUUAUAUGAUUUUUUAAUGUCCUUGUGUACAACUAUUUCUUUGUUUUUACUCUAAUUUGUAGGUAUCACAUACUGGUUUUUGCUACCAGUACAUAGUAACAAAAAACAUAUAAUCUGAUCUGAUGUUGUUGGGAUCUAUGCUUCAGAAAUUACUUUCAAACCAUGCAUUAAAUGACUACUGUCACUAUAAAAAGGGAUUUGUAAGUAUUUCCAUUUAAACACCAUUGUAACCUUGAACUUGAUCUGGCAUUUUAAAUAUGUAAUUAGCCCACAGGAAUAUUUAUAUAUCAAUUUACUGAAUGUUUUGACUUAAAACUGACUAUAAUUAAAAAUAAAUAUCAAAAUAUAUAAAAAAUGGAAACAAAUUAGA